AUGCCUAUCGUCGUAGCUAUCGUGUACAAGGGCAGAGCCGUUGUAAUUGAGAAACCAAUGAUGUGGAAGGGACUCAUCAUGAAGAUCGAGGACCACUUCGAUCUGACAACCCGACAGGUCGAAUCGAUGGGUGUCAAAUACACGCAAGAUUGCCACAGCACAUGGUCAGAGCAGCCGGCGCUCCUGAACUCGAACAGAAACUACAGAAACUACCCACGAACCCUGAAUCUCGAACAGUACAAAACGUGGGUUCACAAUGGUGGAGUAUUCUGGGUUGGUGACUUUGGCAAGGGUGAAAUCAACACCGUGGAGAUGUCUCCGCAGCAACCCAAGUUUCUGCGUACAUCUAUCCAAGAAGCGGCUGGAGAUCUUUUCAAGCCUAACGACGGCCUUGAGCGAUCAGAUAUUGACUCGGAUGGUCUUCAAGAUGAUUUUUGA